UAUGAACAGAGCUGUCCAAAUAUUUUUGUCAGGCUUUUAUCAUACAAUGCUGAACGCGCAUGUCGACGAUUGUUCAUAUAUAGUUGAAUAGCUUCCGAACUAUUUGACGUAUCGAUGUUAAAAUAGGAAUCCACGAAAAAGGGGAACGAUCGAUGUCAAAUAUACCCUUAAACACCUGUUUAAACUCAUAGCCGUGUAAGUCCGCAUUAUCGUUUCUAUCGUAUGCGAAUCUCAAGCGAAAUCGAAACAGCAAAGGCAAAGCGUAUUUCAUCGUCGCGUCGCACAACGAAUACGACGUUGGCCGCUCGCCGAUGUCGUCUCACGAGACCCGAGACGUUUUAUUUGCGGCUACGGUACUAUGAAGUGUAUUCAGAACCAACCUCUCGAUAAUAGCUUUUGUCGAUUAUCUUGAUAUCUGACGUUAUAUAGUUCUCUAGCAGCGCGCAGCUGCGCAGACGAUCGCGAUCGCGAUUACGAAUCGAAGUUGGUGUCGAAGUUGACGAGGCAUUCGUAAUACGGUUUCGACCGCAAAUAUUUUACUGAUAUUUUCGUACAAUCACCAUGACGGAAGCUAAAAAGUGGACAUCCAAGACGAAGAGGGUUUCACUGGGAGUUGGCGGUGCCUUGGUGGAGCUAACGCAGGAUCCUGAACGGGGUAGCUGGGCCAAUCCCAUCGAGUUUGUUCUAUCCUGCAUCGGGUAUGCCGUUGGCAUUGGCAAUGUUUGGCGUUUCCCUUACCUUGUAUAUCGUAAUGGCGGUGGUGCUUUUUUAAUUCCAUUCGUUUUAAUGCUGAUAACCAUGGGAUUGCCGAUAUUUUUUUUGGAACUCGCGAUUGGACAAUAUUCAGGACUUGGCCCUAACGAAGCGUUCACACGUAUGGCGCCGGCACUCGAGGGUCUCGGUUAUUGCACCCUCGUCGUCAUUUUGCUUGUAAUGGUCUACUACAUGGUGAUCGUUGCCUGGACACUUUUCUACACGUUCGUCUCGUUCGUGCCGAAGCUCAGUUGGGCCUACUGCGACAACGAUUUCAACACGAACGAUUGUUAUAGUGGCCUACAAGGGAUUCAAUGUCAAACGAAUGAUCCGGAAACGAUAUUUUACAACAAGACUUGCAUAUCGGCCAGGCUUAUCUGCAAGAACUUUGGUUUCGAGGAUGGCAACGUCACGCAUUGUUUCGAUACGAACAGAUUGGAACUUCUCCAACACCUUUAUACUCGCACCCUUUCUUCGGAGGAAUAUUUCAACGACCGUGUAUUGGGUCUACGAGGUGCCACGUGGGAACAUUUUGGAGGCAUAAGAUGGGAAUUGUUAGGAUGUCUCACCCUCGCUUGGAUAGUCUGCUUCCUAUGCCUGAUGCGCGGUGUCCAGUCCAUUGGGAAGGUCGUCUACUUUACCGCGCUUUUCCCUUACGUCAUACUUACAGCGCUGCUGAUACGAGGUGUUACACUGGACGGUGCUGGUGACGGUUCUCUUUGGUUUAUUACGCUAAAAUGGUCAAAACUGAAAUCAACUAGCGUAUGGGCAGAUGCUGCGUCCCAAGUUUUCUAUUCCCUUGGUAUUGGUUGUGGAUCUUUGAUCACUCUUUCGAGCUACAGUAAUUUCAAUAACAAUUGCCACAGAGACGCAAUUAUCGUGACGUUUACGAAUCUUGCAACGUCGAUCUUCGCCGGAUUCGUAAUUUUCUCCAUUAUGGGAUUUCUUGCCCGUCAAGUGGGCAUGCCAAUCGACGACGUGAUCAAAAGCGGGGCAGGGCUGGCUUUCAUCGCGUACCCAGAGGCCGUGGCACGGAUGCCGUUGCCCAAUCUCUGGGCAGUGUUGUUUUUCGUCAUGCUGUUCAUCCUAGGCAUCGGUAGCCAAUUCGCAGGCGUGCAGGCGAUAAACACCGCCAUAUUGGACCUGCGACCAGAUUUACGAAAACACGAGAGCUACGUGGUAUUAGGGAUAUGCGUCACUUGCUGGCUCCUUGCUAUACCGAUGGUGUUCGAUGGUGGUAUUUACCUGUUCACGCUGAUGGACUGGAACACCGCUUCUUGGGCAAUACUAUUGAUCGGCAUUGCCGAGGUCGGCGUGGUAGGCUGGUGUUACGGGUGCAACAAAUUCCUGCGUAACAUAGCUGAAAUGCAAAUGCGGUUCAGCCUUUUGCUCCGCAGAUAUUGGUGGCUCAGUUGGGUUGUGCUCGCGCCUAUCACUUGUCUGGUGGUGUUCGUGUAUCAAAUAUGUACGUACGAGAUGCCUCGUUAUGGCGAGUACAUAUUCCCUGGCUGGGUGAAUGCGAUCGGAAUACUGAUCGGCCUGUCGACCCUCGCCCCGAUGCCGUUCUUUUUCAUCCGUCGCCUUUGGAAAGGUCCGAGGGACUGGAGUUUGUUUCGACCAAAGAAGACGUGGGGACCAGCUGCGGAGAAAGGUACAGGUAACGGCAAUUCGUCCAUGGCGACCACCAAGAUCUCGCAACCGUAUAGAAACGAAUCACAAGAGGAUUACAUUUAAUGAUUUUAACGAAUUCAUCUACCUUUUAGACGAUUCUAGUCACGUUAACGCGAAUGUUAAUCACCCGAUCCAAGCGUUCGAGAACGCUCUCUUCCCUACUUAGUUUUUUUCUGUUAGGAAAGUUUUACAAAUAGAGUGCGGAUUUUUAUGCAUUUAUGUGAAACUCGAAGAUGCAAAAAUACACAGAAUGCAUGUAACUUCCAAAAACUUAUAAUUAAUUAUAACAAUUUCCAAAAAUAUUUAAAAUAUAGAACUUUCGAAAUAUUCGAGCCAUACACAGGUCGAAGUAGCUAAUUCUACUUUUUGAAAUUUUGAACAUUUUAGCGAAGGUUCGAUCGAAGCUUAUCUGAUAUAAUUUCAUCAAUUUUCUCUGCUUUUUGUUUCGUGGAAUUUCAUUUUUUCAUUUUUAGGCAAGUUGCGUUUUCUUAAUCGUAUUCGUAGAAAUAUCAAUACGCAUAAAUCUCCGCUGUCUGUUCAUCAAUGAUCUUUGUUCUAUUCUCUUUCAUUCGCUUUUGUCUGAUGUGAAACGAAUUAAGAGCUUUCAUCAGAUAAAAGUCAGAUUGGAAGUUUUAAGGAACCCGGCAGAUUUUUCGGGCGAGAACGAAGAGCUACGAUAUAUUAACACUUCAGCCGAUUUCAUAUUUUCCAAUACUCGCUGUAAAACUUGGAAACUCUGUUUUCGUUGGAACUUUUAAAUUAAUGCCAGCGAACAGCCACGGUGGUAGCAUCAAGUACAACGAGGUGCGUGUGUUAUAGCAUUUCGCUAGCUGUUUCAAAGCAACGUUUUAAUUUUUAUGUCUAUGUGAACACGCUAACGCGUACGAACGAUAUUAAUGAAUUUGCAAUUUUUACCUGAAAAGAACUCAUCGGUUCGUUUUGAUGUUUCGUUCUUUGCAUUUCAAACAGGGAAUGUAUCGGCAAUUCCACUGGAAUACCGAGCGUGUGCAAAAUUCGAUAUGCGUUCCAAUGUCAACUUAUUUUUUCCACAAUCCGUAAUUAUUCCAUAAUUGAAAUAAGCGAAAUACUUACAGUUUACAAUAUCUUUUUUUUUUAAAUCAUCACCACAAUAUCGACCGAUCAAAUAUAAAAUUAUCAAUCUUAGUUUAUGUACUGUAUCAAAAUUACAGUUUUCUAGCCUCUUUUUCGCUAUACGUGAUACUCUGAAAAUUUACUUGUUUAGUCGCCGAUACUCGAGUGAACGGAAUACGAGGUCGACUUCAAUUGCAUGAUUCGGCUCAUGUAAUCGAAGCAGCGAAGUUACUCUAUACUGUAUACAACUAUACGUGGUCUUGUAAUAAAGCACGGUCUGCUACAUCGGUUGCAUCCGAGCGUGUGCGGUAGUGUGCACGAAGGGACGACGUACAAUAGUGGUGUCGCGUUAUGAUCACCGGUCACGCCGGUGGAAAAGUGGCGAAUGUCGCUCGCAUUCGUCCCGUGUUCCCUCCUAAUUAAUGCGAUGGAACAUCUCCGGUACAAGGAAUUCCGUGUCCUCCGCGCGGCGUGGCAAUAUCGUGUGGCCGUCUCGACCGCUUGUACUCCGUCUUAUGGGGAAUGUCGGGACGGUGAGAGUGUGCGGCUUGCAACGGUGCGUUAAUGAGAAUUUCGCUCGAUCACCGCCUCGAUUCACAACGCGUGCCUCACCGGUUCAACCCCGCAGCAACGGCGGCGACUUUUUGCCCACGAAUAUGAACCCGUAAAAUUGCCUCUCGAUCCCUGAAUUAUCCUUCCCAUGAAUUUUUAUAAGCCCGACGCGUUUCGUUGGCUGCGCGUUUCACAGGAUCUGUAGAGGCUUCGUAUAUGCUAGACGCGGGUAUUUGGGAGACAAAUUUUAAAGGGAUCGAUUCUGUUAUAAGAAAUCUGUUCCUUGGUUCGUUGGAGUAAGAAAAGUAAUGGCAUUUUUAUGAAUUUAUGGGGAAUUUAGAGACGAACAAAUGUGCAGAAUAUACGUAAAAUGCAAAAAUAUAUGAAAUAUCUAAAAUAUCCGAUAUUAUGUUUCCUUGGUUGUCUACUAUUCGAUAAAGAUAUUACUAGUAUUCAAGUAAUCGCUGCAAUAAAAGAUAUCCGAGGUAUUAAUGCGGUCGAGGCUGCGUUAAUUUUAUACGCAUUACAUUAAGUACUACGGACCUAAUGAUAAGUAUUAUACAUGUACGUAAAUCUAUUGUCUUAUCUAAGAGGAAGAAACGGAAAUAUCAAAUUGAUAGUAGACCGAUAUGUAUCUUCAUUUCUGCUUAAUCUGUACAUAAUUAUAAUAAUCUUAAAUAAACAUCGUAUAUAUUAGUUUAUAUUUAGCGAAUUAUAAUCAUUGACUGUAUAAUAAUAUAAUUGGGAAAUUGUUAUCUAUUGCACUCAUCAUGCACAAUCACUUUUCUAUCGGUACAAUAAGUACCUGCCAAUUUCAGUAAUAACCGGAAAUGAACGAUCGGAAUUGACAGUUUAUUGUUAAUGUAUUAAUGUCAAUCAGUCAAAAGCAUUUCUAAUUUGACAUGUUAAUUAAUAUUUUAGCGUUACUGCGGUAUACCUGUCUGUCCUAGAUGUUCUCUCAUAUCAAUAAUAGGUAUAAUAAAUGAUAAAUGACAAAUUA